GUUUCUUCAGUCUAUUUAAACUAAAGAUAGUGCGCGCUCGAUCUUGAAUCAUACGCCAAAGAGAAGCCUUCAGUUCGGACUAACAUCCAUCCGCAGAGUUUACACCAUCAAGCACACCAACCUUACCGAUCAAGAAUGCCUCGCUCAUUUUUAAUCAAAAAGAAAGAAUUCAAGAAGAGCAAUAUAACUUACUUUGGUAAGUUGAGUUUAAUUCAUUUUCAAGCAUUCAAGUUGUGAGCAUUUAUGAAUUUCUCUAUUUUCUUUCUUAAGGCAAUGUCAUAAGAUAAGGAAUUUGACUUAAAAUUACAAGCAAGGAAAAAUAUUUUUACUCUUAGAAUUAGUCAGGGUGUAAAGAUUUUAUAAAUCAUUUUUUGAUUGUGCAUUUCACUGCGUGGCGACCGAUAGUAAAAUAUUUCAGGACUGACCUCUCGAGAAUAAUACCGUAUCUCAGCACUGCUCUUUUCUUGCGUAAAAGGAGACACAGCCGGAUUAUUAAAACGUCUAUUGAAGUUCUUAUUUUUUGAACGGCCAUGUUAACGAUUUUCUGAUGAGAUUUUCUCUUUGUUGAGUAUUUUGAACAUAAGCCGACCUUACUACCCGCAAAAUACCUGAAGGGUCUUUUAAAAGGCAUCAAAGCGAAAUCAUUAGCGGCUAAAAAUCCCAAAAUGUUUUAUAAUGAUGCCCGUCGUACUCUUCUUGAAGUAGGAAAGCUUUCUUUUAGUCUUUUGGACAAAAUCUGAGAAAAAAAGGAUGGUGUGAUGAAAAAAGAGUCCAAAAGUUUUGUUCUCUAUACGAUUACAGAACAGCUUCUUGCUUGUGUUGAAUUAUUUAUUCUUUGAGUACAAACAGCGGAGAGAUUUUCUUCGUUCUGUCGUUAGCAGGCUCAUAAAAACCCAAAAAUCUUUUCAUAGAUUCCUUUAUAUUGAAGCUCAAAUCUCUUGUAGAAAUUUUAUUUUAAGGCUUUACUAUAACUCUUGAAUACGCAACAGCUUGGAGUAAGUCAUGCGAGCUUUGUUCUCGACUGACAAGAAAUAUUUCCCAUCUCGUUUGGAUAUACAUUUUUAGCCCAGAGUUUUGUUAGUAAAAUUCCGUGCUUGGGUCUAUUUUUGUGGUUUGUUUUAAGAGCCUUCAGAUUAGCAAAACUGUUAAAAUGCGCCAAAGUAGAGCUUCGCGGUAUUCGAUGACUUUUUCAAAUUGGUAUUUUAAACCAUUAAACAUUCAUAGUCAAAACCCAAACAGAACUGUUUUCUGUAGUGAAAUGUUCACAUGGGCUAACAAACGCAAUGGGCUACUAUCCUCUUUCAAAUUUUAUAAAACAGACAUACGAUACAAAGAAGUCAGUUACGAUUUUUCGUUUUUCAGUCUAGGGGUAAUGUUGCUAAUGUAGGAUUCAGAAGUUCAAUUAAAACCCCUGUAAAAACUGAAUAAUUAUAAACAAAUCUAAUUACCUCAAUUUCAAUUUUCUAAAGAAAGGCGUUGAAGGGCCAAUUAUUAAGGAAAACUUUUCCGCACAAAUUACAUUGAAUGUUCGGCUUAGCCGGAAAAUCUUGGCUUCUUUAACAACAUUAUUAGACCAUAGGCUUGUUAAGCUGAUUUGAUAAACUUUGCGUAUGAUAAACGAUAAAUUGUGUAAUCUCAUUCACGCCACGCGUGUUAAUAAUGCGGUUUCCUUCGAGGGAGGUGCAACCCGAACCUAAGCUAGCUGUAAAAGUGUAUUACUGAAGUAAACGAAGUGUCAUUGAAGCAACUUUUCAUUGUUACAUUUUUUUAUGUCCGCAGAUAACACGCACGACACCCCACCGACUGUAACAUCCUCACAAGCGGAACUGUAUCGUCUCGGGGUUCCCUAUGUCCAACCGCUGGUUUUGUCAAACAAUGAACCGCAUAUCAUCAAUACAAGCAGGGAAAUGAAUGGUCAGAAUGGUUUUCCCAAAGACACGGAAAAGAUGGUGAGCGCGUGGGGCCGGGAAAAAGUUCCCGAAGACGAUCGCUUGGAAGACUUCACGUCAAUUAAAGAGGAGAAGGACACCGACACGACAGGAGCCGAGAAACCCUACACAUGUCAACACUGCAGCAAAGUGUUCACUCGCUCAUGGAAUUUCCAACGCCAUGUGCUGAUCCACACUGGCCAGAAGCCUUACAAAUGUCAGAAGUGCCCUAAGGCCUUUGCGCUUGCAGCGCACCUGAAGAUUCACAACCGCAUUCACACUGGCGAAAAGCCGUACACGUGUAAUAUCUGCUGCCGCGGCUUCGCCCAGCUAACCAAUUUACAAAGACACAUCCUCACGCACACGGGUGAAAAACCCCACAAGUGCCAGUACUGUCCCAAAGCAUUCGUGAGCUCCAGCGAUCUGCGAAGGCAUGUUCGAAUCCACACGGGCGAGCGACCUUACAAGUGCAAGCAAUGUUCCAAAGCCUUCACAACAUCCGGGAACCUCCAGUCACACAUUCUCACGCACACGGGGGAGAAACCGUACAAGUGUAACAUUUGCAACUGGAAAUUCAUCAGUUCGAGUAAUCUCCGUACACAUAUACGUAUUCACCAUGCUUAUUAUCUAGAGAAGACCAACGCCAGUCACCACCGCCCAGAGCAACAGAACACCCGGCCGACUCCUGACACGGUGACCGACCAAAUGAGAGAAAACAUGCCUUUCAAGAAUCUCAUCGAUUCUCAAAGAGAACAAGUCUUUUACUGAUCCUAAAAGGACUAUUGAUGGUGGACUCACCGUAGCAGGAUGGAGAAUUCAGUAGAACAUGCACCAGUUCUCUCAUCAGUACCAAAUAAAAACUCUCAGAAUACUUCACGCGAUUUACAAGAGUGCGGUUGUCUCUUGAAUAAUACUGUGCUAACAAUUAGCCGUUUCAUAGCAAAAAGAAUGGUAUAAAAUUUAUAAAAGAUAAUACUUCUAAAAGGAGAACUAAUAUAAAAAAAUAACAGUGUAUUUAGGUAAAACGAUAUGUUAAAAAAGUAACUUUUGAUAUUCAAAAAAAACAUACUAGAGAUUAUUAAGAAGAGUGAAAGAAAGGAAGAUCCAAGCGCCGUUUUAUUUUGCGAAAAUAGAGUAUAUUGUUAUUUUAAGAGCAUUUAUGAAAAGAAAUGAUUAGAAUCCGGAGAUUUCUACCGAAUAAUAGUCUGCAAAUGUCACAUGUAAUGAAUGUUUAAGUAACAGGUGGCCGCAUAUUUUAGCUAAAAACCACCGAAACCAUUGUUUUAGAACAUUCUGUAUAGAUAUGAAAGACAGCGUGC